AAUGAGCAGGCUGCCUGGGGAGCGGAGAAGCUCUCUCGGAGGGGAGAUGUUAGAGAGCGGAGACAGAUUCCUAGGCCAGGAGCUACCGCACCCCGUGGCUCCAGCGGAGCGUCGCAUCCGGAGCCCACUCACUGCAGCUGGGAUUCAGGCAGCGGAAGAUGCUCCGGGUGUCCGCCGUGCUGUGUGUGUGUGCAGCCGCUUGGUGCAGUCAGGCUCUCGCAGCCGCCGCGGCCGUGGCUGCGGCCGGGGGGCGGUCGGACAGCGGUAAUUUUCUGGAUGAUAAACAAUGGCUCACCACAAUCUCUCAGUACGACAAGGAAGUCGGACAGUGGAACAAAUUCCGAGACGAAGUAGAGGAUGAUUAUUUCCGUAUGUGGAGUCCAGGAAAACCCUUCGAUCUGGCUUUAGAUCCUGCGAAAGAUCCAUGCUUAAAGAUGAAAUGUAGUCGCCAUAAAGUAUGUAUUUCUCAAGAUUCUCAGACUGCAGUCUGCAUUAGUCACCGGAGGCUACUUCACAGUGCAAAAGAAGCAGGGGUAGGUCAUAAGCAGUGGAGAGCUCUCCCAUCACCCACCUGCAGCCAGUGCCCGAUGGUCUCCACGAGCCCUGUGUGUGGUUCUGACGGUCAUUCCUACUCCUCUCAGUGCAAACUAGAAUAUCAGGCGUGUGUCUUAGGAAAACAGAUCUCAGUCAAAUGUGAAGGACGGUGCCCAUGUCCUGCAGAUAAGUCUGCGAUUAUAAGCAGAAAUGUUAAAAGGGCAUGCAGUGACGUGGAAUUCAGGGAAGUGGCCAAUCGAUUACGGGACUGGUUCAAAGCCCUUCAUGAAAGUGGAAGCCAAAAUAAGAAGACAAAAGCAUUGCUGAGGCCCGAAAGAAGCAGAUUUGACACAAGCAUUUUACCAAUUUGCAAGGAUUCACUUGGUUGGAUGUUUAACAGACUUGAUACAAACUAUGACCUACUGCUGGACCAGUCGGAGCUUGGGAGCAUUUACCUUGAUAAGAAUGAACAAUGUACCAAGGCAUUCUUCAAUUCUUGUGACACAUACAAGGACAGUUUGAUAUCAAACAAUGAGUGGUGCUACUGUUUCCAAAGACAGCAAGACCCACCUUGCCAGACAGAGCUCAGCAAUAUUCAAAAGAGACAAGAGAUAAAGAAGCACCUGGGACAAUACAUUCCCCUGUGUGAUGAAGAUGGUUAUUACAAGCCAACACAAUGCCAUGGAAGUAUUGGGCAGUGCUGGUGUGUUGACAGAUAUGGAAAUGAAGUAAUAGGAUCCAGAAUAAAUGGUGUGGCUGAUUGUGCUUUAGAUUUUGAGAUCUCCGGAGAUUUUGCAAGUGGAGACAUCCACGACUGGACUGAUGAUGAAGAUGAUGCAGAAGACGUAAUGAAUGACAAAGAAGAAAUUGAAGAUGAUGAUGAAGAGGAAGGAGAUGAUGAUGAUGAUGGUGAUGACCAUGAUGGGUACAUUUGAUCAGUGAGAGCUGAGGUCAAUAAAUUCCACCUGUCUAACAUUUACAAAGCGAUAGCCUAUGGAGAAUUACCUUUCUGCUCCCAAAAGAAGUAAUUCUAAACCUCACAUCUAUUUUGUAUAAUUAUUUCAAAUAUUGCAGCUAAAAGUCAUAGAACAUUAAAUUUAAAAAAAAGAAUAAUUUAUUCUCAGUUUUUAUAUGCCUUAGAGAAAAAGAAAAUACAUAUGGAGGAUAGCCAGACAGAAGAUAGUUGGGAAGAGCUACUACAACAAUUUCUCAUAAAAUCAAACUUGUAAAUGUUCCACAAACUAAAAACCGAUAUUGCUUGGGAUCCUAUGUGCUGUUUCUAUGAAAGAUACUCUGUACGUUAAACUUAUUGUAAUUUUUGUGUGACUGGAACUCAAGGAUUUUAUAAAGUUAUGCAUGACUUUACACACAAAUCCAAGUAGCAUCUUGCCAGACAUCAGGGUACAUGAAAGAGACAUCCUAUAGUUAAAUAAACAAAAUGACCUUUCUAGAAUUCUUUUUAAUAGUGAUUUUUCAAUUGUAAUGUUUUCUGGAUAUGAUGGGUUUUUUAUAAAGUGGAAAAUAUGGAAAAUAAUGGAUCUUGAGAGCUAAAUAUUAGUUUUCCUUUCUAGUUUUUAUUUUAAUUUGAAUGGCAGUCUCACGUAUAUUUUUAAUAUUCUUAAUAGCAUGAUUUCUAUAUUUCUCUAUCCUUCUGACCAGCAAUUUCAUAAUAUACUUUAAAGUAGAAGACAGAUUCAUUUCUGCCAUAUUUUCAGAAUUAGUUUUUCAUUUGCCCUGUGAUCAAAUUUUAAAAUAUUAAUUCUGAUUUAUUUACUGAUUUAGAUAAAUUUUUUACAUUCAAUCUUAGAAUUAUGCCAUUUUUGUUAGUAGUGCUGAAACUUAGAGAACGUAUUGUAUGGUGCCUUGCAAAAAAUAGAAAUAGAAAGGUUUAGCAUGCAUACCAAUAUAGGAUAUUAGGCAAUAUUUAAGCACACCUAAUUAACAAAUUAACACAGUAAAGGUACUGCUGCUGGAAUGAAGAAAAUGGAAUAUGUGUCUUUCUUUUUUUCUAUUGUUACAUAAUUGCCAUGUGGACUUGUUUAUCUUAAUGUGUAGAGUGACAUUUAAGAUUUAACUAUAGCAAAAAUUGCUUUAAUUGCUAUAUUUUAGUUAGCAUGUUAAUUAAUUGUGUAGACAUUUUGGCACACCAUCACUUUUAAGUAUAUCAGAUCAAUGAUUUAGUGCCCAUAAUAAAAAUGGAAAAACUUGUUGAAUGAUACACAAUAGUAUCUUUAACUUCAACAGUGGACUGACUGGUUUAAUAUUAUAAUAUCCAUUGAAAGCAAAAUUGUUGGAUUCGUUCCAUUUAAUUUAUAUACACUAAAUAAAAUCUAAUGGUGAUCUUACAUAAUA